CGUGCUCUCCAUCGACGUGACACCGCUGCGUGCGUGUGUGCGUGUGUGCGCCCGGACGCUGCUGCCGCUGCACCGCUGGAUCCCGCAGCUGCACCGGGUCCGAACCCAGAGCAGUGAAGGGGCCAGAGGUUGUUCCAGUGCGGGGAACCCCCCCCCCGGAGCCCCGCCGCUCCGCGUCACGCCAUGGAUGACUCGGGGAUAAUUCGGCGCCGGAGGCUGCAGAAGGAUUUGCCACUGCCUCGCAAGAACAGCAGUUGUCGUGCAAGCAACAGGAAAAGCCUGAUCCUGACCACCACCUCGCCCACGCUGCCUCGCCCACACUCCCCGCUGCCACUCCCUGGACACCUCGGAAGCAGCCCCCUGGACAGCCCACGGAACUUCUCUCCCAGUAACCCGGCUCACUUCUCGUUCGCCUCCUCCAGAAGAGCGGACGGACGCCGAUGGUCUUUGGCAUCUCUGCCGUCUUCUGGAUAUGGCACCAACACCCCUAGCUCAACGUCCUCCAGCUCGUCACAGGAGCGGCUGCACCAGCUGCCCUCCCAGCCCACCAUGGACGAGCUCCACUUCUUGUCCAAGCACUUUGGCAGCACCGAGAGCAUCACGGACGAUGACGGGGGCCGCUGCUCCCCCCACAUGCGGCUGCGCUCCCGCAGUCUCAGCCCCGGACGCUCGUCCUCCUGCUACGACAACGAGAUAGUCAUGAUGAACCAUGUGUACAAAGAGCGCUUUCCAAAGGCCACGGCUCAGAUGGAGGGGAGGCUGGCCGAGUUCAUCCACGCUUUCUCUCCCGAAAACGUCCUGCCGCUCGCUGACGGCGUCCUCAGCUUCAUCCACCACCAGAUAGCCGAGCUGUCCAGAGACUGCCUGACCAAAGCCCGCGAGGGCCUCAUCACCUCCGUCUACUUCUUCGAGCUGCAGCAGAAUCUGGAGAAGCUCCUGAAUGACGCCUUUGAGCGUUCAGAGAGCACCGAGGUCGCCUUCGUCACAGAGUUGGUGAAGAAGCUCCUCAUCAUCAUCUCGCGACCGGCUCGACUUCUGGAGUGUCUGGAGUUUAACCCUGAGGAGUUCUACCACCUGCUGGAGGCGGCGGAGGACCACGCCAAGGAGGGUCAUCUGAUGAAAACGGACAUUCCUCGAUACAUCAUCGGCCAGCUGGGACUGACCCGGGACCCCAUUGAAGAGAUGGUAAACCUCGAGAGUUACGACAGCGAGGGACCACUAACGCCCGAGACAGACGACUCAACCGAGGGAAAGAUCAGAGCAGUGAAACCACCGGAAGAAGCCGACUUCCAGACCAUCAAGCUGAUCAGUAACGGAGCGUACGGCGCCGUGUACCUGGUGCGUCACCUCGAGACGCGGCAGCGCUUCGCCAUGAAGAAGAUCAACAAGCAAAACCUGAUCCUGAGGAACCAAAUCCAGCAGGCCUUCGUGGAGAGAGACAUCCUCACCUUCGCAGAGAAUCCGUUCGUCGUCUCCAUGUUCUGUUCGUUCGAAACCCGCCGACACCUCUGCAUGGUCAUGGAGUACGUGGAAGGAGGAGACUGUGCCACUCUGCUGAAGAACAUCGGAGCUCUGCCCGUGGAGAUGGCGCGCAUGUACUUCGCAGAAACCGUCCUCGCACUGGAGUACUUGCACAACUAUGGCAUUGUGCACCGUGACCUCAAGCCGGACAACCUCUUGAUCACCUCGAUGGGACACAUCAAGCUGACGGACUUCGGCCUGUCCAAGAUGGGACUGAUGAGUCUCACCACCAACUUGUAUGAAGGACACAUAGAGAAGGACACCCGGGAGUUCCUGGAUAAACAGGUGUGUGGAACCCCCGAGUACAUCGCCCCUGAGGUUAUUCUUCGUCAAGGUUAUGGGAAGCCGGUGGACUGGUGGGCUAUGGGCAUCAUCCUGUACGAGUUCCUGGUGGGCCUGGUGCCGUUCUUUGGAGACACCACAGAGGAGCUGUUCGGACAAGUCAUCACAGACGACAUCGUUUGGCCUGAGGGGGACGAGGCUCUCCCUCUCGACGCCCAGCACCUGAUCUCCUCGCUCCUGCAGACGAAUCCACUGGUUCGACUGGGCACAGGAGGUACGUUUGAAGUGAAGCAGCACUCGUUCUUCACGGAGGUGGACUGGAACAGCCUGCUGAGACAGAAGGCCGAGUUCAUCCCUCACCUGGAGUCCGAGGAAGACACCAGUUAUUUUGACACUCGCUCUGAGCGCUACCACCACGUGCAAUCGUACGAUGAAGACGAUACCAACGACGAUGAGCCCGUGGAGAUCCACCGCUUCUCCUCCUGCUCCCCCCGCUUCAGCAAGGUGUACAGCAGCAUGGAGCAUCUGUCCCAGCUGGAGCACAAACCCCAUGGUGUGACUCUACGGGAGCACAAGGUCCCCAGGGAGGAGCGAAUGGCCAAGAGGGAAAGUCUGGGCAGCGUCACGCUCAGGGACAAGAGCUGGAGGACUGGAUCACCUGAGAUGAAGCGUUUGUCCUGCUCUGAAUCCUCCUUCACGGAGAGCGACUCCAGUCCCCCGUCCGGGACACGUAGACGUUUCUCUGCCCUCAUGGAUACUCACCGCUUGCCCUCCCCUCUGGAACUUGACUCGGAGCUGCUGGUCUCCUGCAGGCAGUCCACAGUGAAGGCGAGGGGAACUUCCCUGGAAGGAGCCAUGGGGACCAUCUCCUCUCAAGGCGAUCUGAGAGCCUACCUGAAAGACAGCAACGGGCUCACCGCUGGAGGCAGCGCUACUGUUCUGGGGCUUCCGGACGCACAGGGGCCCCGCGGGGCCGCCACUGACCUGGUGCUGCGGAGAGUUCGCCACCACCAGCUCUCGGCCGAGGGAGAUAAACGUAACUCACUGCCAGGAACCAAAGUUAUCAAGUCUGCCUCUGCCACGGCUCUGUCUGUCAUCAUUCCUGCAGUGGAGCAGCACGUUGCGUCCCCUCUGGCGAGCCCCAUGUCUCCUCGCUCCCUCUCGUCCAACCCCUCGUCCCGUGACUCGUCCCCCAGCAGAGACUACUCUCCGAUGGUCAACGUCCUACAUUCUCCGAUCACCAUCCAUCGCUCAGGGAAGAAGUACGGCUUCACGCUCCGAGCCAUCCGAGUUUACAUGGGAGACAGUGACGUCUACAGCGUGCAUCACAUGGUCUGGCAUGUGGAGGACGGAGGUCCGGCCCAGGAUUCUGGACUUCGUGCUGGGGACCUGAUCACUCAUGUGAACGGGGAGUCGGUCCACGGUCUGGUUCACACAGAGGUGGUGGAGCUCAUCCUCAAGAGUGGAAACAAAGUGACGGUCACAACUACUCCCUUUGAGAACACCUCGAUAAAAGUGGGUCCCGCCCGCAAGUCCAGCUAUAAAUCCAAGAUGGCGCGGCGCAGCAAGCGGACCGGGGCCAAGGAGGGACCGGAGAAGAAGCGCAACUCCCUGUUCAGGAAAAUCACCAAGCAGUCCAACCUGCUCCACACCAGCCGGAGCCUCUCCUCCUUGAACCGCUCGUUGUCGUCUGGAGACAGUCUCCCGGGCUCGCCCACCCACAGCCUCUCCGCCCGCUCGCCCACUCAGACCUACCGCUCCACCCUGGAAUCCUCUCACCCGGCCAACUCCUCCCAGAGCAGCUCCCCAGCGACCAGCACCCCGAACUCCCCAGCAGCCUCCCACCACAUGAGGCCCAGCUCCCUGCACGGCCUGAGUCCCAAGCUCCACCGCCAGUACCGCUCCGCACGCUGCAAAUCAGCCGGCAACAUCCCUCUGUCCCCUCUGGCUCACACUCCCUCCCCGACCACCUCCUCCCCUCCGCCCCUCACCGGCCACACGGUGGGGAGCUCCAACACCACACAGAUGUUUCCCGUCAAGCUGCACUCCUCGCCUCCCGUCGCCCGCCCUCGUCCCAAGAGCGCAGAGCCGCCCAGGUCCCCUCUGCUGCAGCGGGUGCAGUCGGCAGAGAAGCUCGGAGCACCGAUUCUGCCUUCCUCCUCCUCGUCAUCAUCGUCGCCUUCUCCUCUGACAGGCGGGGUGUCGUUACGCAAGCAUAGCCUGGAGGUGACGCACGGGGACUACAGGAGAGAGUCUUUCCACUGUGAGCAUAGUCUACAGAGUCUGUUAGAGAUGGAGGGAGAGAACGGACCUGCUCCACCUUCCCCUUCAUCAUCCUCCUCCCCUUCUCCUCCCAUGGGAGGGGAGAUCGGAGGCCUGAAGCCUGGGAGGAGGCUGGGGAGACAGGAGUCGCCGCUCAGCCGUGACACACUGUUCACAGCCAGAGAUAAAGAUACUCAAACCACAGCAUCUGAGAGCAUCACUAAAGCUGAGUCCAAAACCAAUGUUGUCGACACAAGUAAAACUCUGUCUGCUGCUGUGGUUCUGAAGAGUAACGUUAGUGCAGCUGCUGCGGAGACCAAGUCUCGUCCAGCACCGGUUCCAUCCACUGCAGAGACCAAACCGGGCCCUGGGGACAAACCUCCAAAUGCAAGUGCUUCAGCUUCGAUGGGACCAGUGUCCAAGAGUAAACUCAGCGAGAAAAUCUCCACUCCGGGAACAUUAAAGAGCGUCCAACAGCAAGUGAGCAAGCCGCAGACAGACGCUGGAGCUGGAACCAAAGCUCAGGAGAAGGCUGAGGAGAAAGUGAAGGUUGAAAAACUUCCCGUGCAGAGAGCCUCGUCUUCAGAGCAGUCCAAGACACGCAAAGGCUCCGAGACGGGAGAGAGAGGAGGCGUCAGCGGCUGCGAUAAAGCAACUGAGACGACUAAGGUCAAAGGUCCUGCACCCCCAGUUCCCACUUCAGUUCCAACCCGCCCUCCAGCUCAUGUGCCGGCUGCUGCCAGAUCCAAAGCGGAGAAGGUAUCGAGCCGUUACUGUGGCGCAAAGGAGGAGAGGGCGCACUUGGAGGUCCUGGAGGAGAAUCCCAUGUCCCCCUCCUCUAACGCAGCCUCACCCUGCUCGAGCAAGUCUCGCCCCAUGUCUCCAGGGGACAAAGCCAGCUUCGUCACCCAGCUGACGAGCGUGGCCAAAACAGUGCUCGGGCCCAUAAAGGGAGGAUUGCAAGAGGGAGCCAAGAUCCGAGACGCCUCCAAGACGGGCGAGGAGAAGCGGGGAACCACAGCAGGAAGAGCAGAGGCCGUGACCGGGGGAGGACGCCGUGGGGCUCCGACGGGAUCCUCCGCCGGCGCCGGCCCGGUCCAGUCCGAUCGAGGAACCAGUCGGAGCUCCAAGCAUCAUUCGUGAUAAGGGUCAGAACGAGUCAGACUCUCCCAUGUAAUGCCUUUUACUGUAGCAUCAUACUGACAUAUCAUGAAGCAGCGUGACUUGGAAUGAAGGGGAGACACAACCGCCUGAAGAAAUAACACAUGACGCGUGACAUGUAGACGCACAGAGAUGCAGCAGCUACUGUUGGAAGAUGUGUGCACGUGGUAUCAUAAUGUCGGCCUGUGUGUGCACUGUAUGUCCAUCCCCAUGUCUUGUAUAUAGGUUUAAAAAAAAAAAAAAAGUGUAUGUCCUAACGCAUGUCUUACAUAUAUGUGGAAAAACGAAAAGCAUAUUUAAAAAAAGGAGGUGAAAAAUAUAAAGCAGACCUGGAGGUAGUGAACACUGUGAACAACAUUUCAAAAACGACCACAGCGGCCAAACCGUCGGCUGCACGUCACACGAGCAGGAUUCUGUCAGAAAUGGGCAUUACUCAUAUUCCAGAUCAGCUCCAGUGCCAUCAGUUAGUUUAUUCUGUGUUUCCUUGAAGUUCGAAAGGGGACGAGGUUGAUCUUGUAUCACGUGGUGAGCGACUCAACAAACUGGAACAACAGAGACGGAACCCGAGGGGGUUUAAGGGCUGAAUCUCGGUGGGAUUGAAAGAGGUCGAUUAGAUGAACUUGCACAGGGACGCUAUGCAAUCUGCUUAUCACGCCAGUUUCCCUUUGGUGUCCCCGACUACUCAGUUUACAUUGUGUGUCCGUCAGGUGGAGGAGGAGGAGGAGGAGGAGGAGAGACGUGAGGGUCGCAAUAAGUCGAGCAUUUUGUUUUAAAAGUUGCCUCCGCUGAUCGUGGAGAAACGUGUAAUUACGCUGGACUGUUUGUCGUAGGCCGAUUACACGAAUACCUGAGUCCGAUCAAAGUGUGUGAGAGCAGCAGUCACAGUCGAGUCGUCUCAGAAACGCUCGUUCAUCCACUCUUUUCUAUUUAUGCAGUUUAUUGUCACGUGUGAAGGAAAGUGCCAGUGUUUUUAUUUAUUAGAGAUAAUGUGAUUUGUCUUUUGUUUAAAUGUGUAAUAAUAUGCAAUCCAUGCGUGCCCAGUUCCACAGAGACGAGCACGCGUGACACAGUGGUCGACUGAGCACCGAGCCAGGAGCAGAUUUGUCGAGAGCGUCUUCUCGUGUGUCACCAAAAAAAAAAAAUCAUCCCUGACAUGUUUGGGACAGAAGAGUCAGAGCUGCCGGAGACUGCCACCUUGUGGGCGUUGACAAAAGGCCCUGAGCAACAACAACAGAUUGGGUUACGUGUAACGAGACCUCUGAUAUCUCUGCCUGUGGAUCUUUGAGUUUCAUCCAUCAUGAGUCCGAUGCAUCGUCCUUCUGUUGACAAACACAUUCUGCAGUCUUUACUUUACCAGCUGUGACGUAGUGGUUUAAACAGACAUCACCCAGUGUUCUGGACAUUCAACACCAGUCAUUUUUUGUGUGUGAUGUGACAAACUUGCACUUUAUUUUUGUGUCGGAUACUUUGAUUAACUUGUGUUACAUAUUUCUUUUAUAUUUUUUCUAUUUAUUCUAUUUAUUAAACCAAUUUUUUUAUUUAUUCAAAUGUUUUUACGUGUCAUGACGUAGGGGAAUUUCUGUUCUACGACUGAAAUUAGUUAUUUAUGAAUUUAAAUCUACCAAAUCUGUGUGGCUGCCCCAUCCUGUGCAGCUUCGACUCUGUCAUUCCAUAAAUCUGACAUUGUGAUAUUGCUGUCAUAUCCAUCUUUGUCCAAGUGUUUGACUUUUUUACAGCUGCAACUCUCUCCCUGACUCGUGUUGUUCAUUCCGUCGCUACAGAUUUAUUCGCCACCGUUGUGAAAAACUGAUGCAAAAAAGCCUAAAGUGCAGAAAUGUAAUAAAAUGCAGUGAAACCCCCAAAA